AGAUGUGUUUAGGUUUUUGCAGCAGUUUGUUGUUGAGGGAUUUAGUUUUUAAAUGAACUUUAUUUAAAACGAACAGAGUCUGUGCUCGCUCCUCCUACAGAUUAAUCAUCACACUCUUCUUUAUCUUCAUCUAUCUUCAUCACUGUCAGUCAUCAUCAUCACCUUUAACGUUUUCUAUCAUCCUCCCUCCCCCCUGACUCCCCCUCCUCCUCCUAUCACCGUCAUCCACUCGAUUAACAAAAUGGCUGUCGUAGGGGGCCGCCUGUGCGCAUGCUCAGCACACCUCUGGCGGCGAGGGCAGGGCAGGUAUCUGCGCUCAGCCUGUUGACUGACACACACUCCCGGCUCGGCUCAGACUCCGGCAUGCGGCGGCAGGAGGCGCGAGGACACACCGACUGAUCAGAGUCCCUGCAGCCCGCCGCGCUCCGCUCGAACCCCGGCUGCCGCUCGGAAGAGGAUCCGCCGCUGCUCUCUGACCUGGAGGAGACUUUCACAGGAGUUUGCUUGAUUUUUUUUGUUUGUUUGUUUUUUUGUUUUUUGUUUUUGUUUUUUUUUUUGGUGCGUGAACCUGCAAGAAGCGGCCGCAGAGCGUGCAGAGACACCGCCCCGGACACAGGUGAGAGGAAACUUCACCGCUGCUAGGUGCGAGUUUGAUCAGGAUUUGGUUUUUACGCACCGGCGGAGUCUUGGGGAGAGUCAUGGCUCUGCGGGGGAAGCUGGGAAUCUGAGCUCCCCGAAUCCCAGGAACUGGACUAACUGGACGCCGAUUUGUUCUCAUCUUCAUCAUUUUCCUGCUCCGCUCAGCUCCAGGUGCUCACGAUGUUCCAGCACAGCAAUAACAAGAAAUGCUUCACCAUCGAGUCUCUGGUGGGGAAGGAGGCGAACAGCCACCACAGCAGCAGCGGUGGCGGCGGUGGCGGCGGCGGCUCGGGGGAUGAGCCCAUCCGGCCCACAGCGCUCAGGUUCCCGGAGUCCCUGCACCCGGCCGCCGCCGCAGCCGCCGGUGUCUUCGGCUCCUGCUUCCAGGGAAGCAGCGGGAGGACUUUGUACUCUGCCGGGCCGGACAUGGUGCUGCAGGAGCCCGGGACGCACACGCAGAGCCCGGGCGGGCUGCCGCUGCACCCGCUGCAGAUCCCCCCGCAGAGCUUCUUCAGUCCGCAGCACCGGGACGCGCUCAGCUUCUACCCCUGGGUGCUGCGGAGCCGGUACCUGGGACACCGCUUCCAAGGGGAGGACAGCAGCCCGGAGAACCUGCUGCUUCACGGUCCGUUCUCCAGGAAACCCAAACGGAUCCGGACGGCGUUCUCCCCGUCUCAGCUGCUCCGUCUGGAACGAGCCUUCGAGAAGAACCACUACGUGGUCGGAGCCGAGAGGAAGCAGCUCGCCAGCGGGCUGUGUCUGACCGAGACGCAGGUGAAGGUGUGGUUUCAGAACCGCAGGACGAAGCACAAGCGUCAGAAGUUGGAGGAAGAGUCUCCCGACGCUCAGCAGAAGAGGAAGGGCAGUCAGCACGUCAGCCGCUGGAGAGCAGCCACGCAGCAGGCCGGAGGCGAGGACGUGGACGUCAUCAGCGAGGACUAGACUGCUGCAAACACACAACACAACCACAACACACACACACACAGGUCCGUACAGCCCUGUCACACAGAGAUGUGAAGGUGCGUUCAGGCGCCUUCUCCAGGAAACGUUUUUUUUUUUUUUACAUGAUUUAAACUGAAGCAGACAGUAAAUCCAAACAGAGCCGCUCUGAAACAUCUAAAACAACAGAACAAAAGUAGCAAAGAAACUGGUGGAAAAGGAGGACACUGAACGCACCACGAGGCCAACUUUAAGUACUGACGACGUAAAGCAACAGAGUUGGAGCUGUAAUGAAUCUGUAAAUCAGAACCAGUGAAAGCUCAGAAUAAAGUGCUAAUUCAACUUUAAAUCCACUCAUUUUAAUUUGUCUAAAAAGACUAAAAACAGACUUUAACUUAUCGAGCUUAAACAUCUUACAGAUUCUGCAGAGACACAGUAAACUGAGCUGCAGCUAAGAUGUAAAAAUAUCCAUCAUUAUUCUUGACUUUUUCUUGGAUAAUAAGUCACAGUAGGUUUACUGUUAAAACUAAAGGUCAGUGUCUCUUAAAAUAAAGUGUGAGACAGUUCAUCUGUGUGAUAAUCACAUCUGAAACAUGACCCUGAAACCAUCUCAGAUUUGCAUAAGCUGCGGCUGCAAAUUGCCGUCAUUAAAACAUUAUUAUUAUUAAUCGUUUCUGUGUGUUCAGCAGCUGUGCUGUUCUCUGUGGUCAGAAACAUCUGGAGGAACCUGAACAGACUUUAAACCGAGCACGAACCAG